GAACGGAUCUGGGAAGAUGCAGAGGUUAUUUGAAGAGCAGCAGAUCUCCUGAGAGUCCCCUUUGCUGAACGAGGCCCUGCGAUGCGAUGAUUCGUCAGCCCGCCUCCCGCCUGUCAUCCCUCCCGCGCCCUCCCCGCCCCUGCGAUAGGCCGCCGUCGCGCUCCUUCGCUCACCACCGCAGCUCGCCAAAGAUCAUGAAGAUGCCCGGCCACACCAACAGCUCCACGCGAAAGGAAUACAACUAUGCCGGCGAUGAGAGGGCCAACGUGGUGAAGCGGCUGGACCCGGGCGACGUCUUGUAUGGGAUGACAGUGCGGCACAUCGACUGGUACGGCAACGGCGUGGUGCGGCUGGCCGUGCGGCAGUUCCGCAUGGACCAUGACUUCGCCUUUCCCCGUGCGCUGCCCGGCGAGAAGCUGGCGCUGCGGGUGGACGAUGCGCGCAAGAGGCACUGGAAGGACUACGACAUUUCCCUCAUCGGCACCACCCAGCGGAGUGAGGACGAGGUCGAGAUACCCUGCCCGCACUUCCUCCAGGUACGUCAGUCAGUCAUGUGGGCUCUUCAUCGUCCUGUUUGGUGCGGUACAUCCAUCGCUCUGUGUGUGUGUAUAUGUGUGUGUGUGUGCAGAACUGCGGCGGGUGUGCGUUCCAGCACUACAGAUACGACAAGCAGAUCGAGCAGAAGACCACCCUCCUCAAGGAGCUUUUCCGCGACUACAACAUGCCCUACAUUGAGGACGUCCCCACAGGCAAGAGGAAGAAGGGCCUCUACGUCGAGGGAGAGACCAACCAGGCCCUCCUCAUCGACGCGCCACCGGCGCAUUCACAGCAGCACAUCACGGGCGGCGAGUGGGCCGCACUGCCCGAGGGCGAUCGGCCGCUGCAGAUCGGUGCUCCGUCAAGUGGCGAGAACGCUCUGUUGGAGAUGGGGUCAGGGGGAGGAGAGGUGACGGAGGUGGGCGGUGGUGCAGUGUACAGUGGCAAGGUGGAGAGGCGGCCUCUGUCAGGCGGCAGGCGUCGUGACGUGACGCCAUGCCUCCUGCACACCUUCAUUCGGUCACCGAAGCCAUUCAGGUCGGUACCACCUCACAUGACCAUGACCAUUAAGGCGCCUGUCCACCUACCUCUCCUGUUUGCUGUGUGAUUGUGAUUGGAUGGAUGUGCAGGUUUCGGAACAAGCUUGAUUUCGCGUUUCAACACCGCAAUGUGCCGAUGAUAGGCCUCUUCCAUCGGCAGGCGCCCUCCGUGCUGCCCAUCGACGAGUGCCUCCUGGCGCCCUCUGCAAGUAGGGCGGGAAGAGGGCCGCGGGGGAUGGCCUGUUGUCGUGUAUAUAUAUAUAUAUAUGUGUGUGUGUGUGUGUAUAUAUGUGUGUGGUUGUCAGUUCAGGAGACGUAUGAGGUGUGCAAGGAGGCGUUUCGGGAGCUCUUGGCGAAUGACGGCAUGACCAUCUACUCACUCCGCACGGGCCUGGGCAUCCUCAAGAACCUCACCCUCAGAUACGCUAGUGAGCCACCACACCCACGCCCUCGCGAGCGCAUCUUCUCUUCUCCUGUCAUCUAUCCUAUUAGCCAAUCUGGACGGCAAGACAGAGAUCCUGGUCAAUGUGGUGACGGGCAGCCCUGUGGAUGCGGAGCGGCUGCUGCCUCUGGUGGACCUCCUGAGCGCCAAGGUGCCGCAGGUGGUGGGCGUGGUGGCCAAUGUGUCGCGGACCAGGUGGGGCGAGGUGCACACCGAGGGCGUGCUGGGGCAGGGGCAGUACGGCCGCGACGAGCAGCUCCUGUAUGGCCGCAACUACAUCCUGCAGCGGGUCAUGGGCCAACAGGUCUUCCGCAUCACCGGUAGGCGGACAGGUGCACUGCACCGAUGGCUGUGCUGUGUGGGCGGGGGGAUGGAUCUGUGUGUGUUCCUCUGUGUAGGUUCUUCGUUCUUCCACACGAACAUGUUGCUGGUGGACCGGCUGUGUGAGGUGGUGCUUGAGAUGGCCGACCCCUCGCCGGAUGACGUCGUGUGGGAUGCUUACUGCGGCUCGGGCAUGCUCGGCAUCCUCUUCACCAAACGAUGCAGACACGUGAGCCAGUCCACACACAGCGCACGAGUCGACGCGUGGACGCUCCUGUGUGUGUGUCUGUAGGUGGUGGGUGUGGAUUGGGCGCCGCAGAACAUGAAGGAGUGCCGCGAGAACAUGAAGCUCAACAACGUCCCGCCGAAUAAGAUGCGACUCGUACUCGCAAACCUCAGCAACAGGUCGGCCAGCCAGCCACCUAGGCCCACACCAUCGGCAUCGCAUUCAUUGCACCAGUUCUCCGUUCCCCGUGUGUGUGUGUGUGCUGUGUGUUAAGGUUCACAUUGCGUCAGCUGGCGCUGCACGUCCGUCGGUGGGCGAUCGAGCAGGUGGACCCCGAUGUCAUCGAGUCCAUCAACGAGCGAGUCAGGAACGCAUGGCUGGCCGGCACCAAGACGUCACGCGUCAUCGAACGAAACGAAGUGAGUCAAGCAAGACACACACAGCCACCCUCGACACCCGCUGCACACGUAUGUGAUGCUUUGAACGCAGAUGGGCCCUUCCCCCUUCCUCAACCUGCCCCCGCCCCAGCCCCAACCCGCUGACACCGACACACCAUCGAGUGACACUGACGCCGACCUCCCCCCCUCCCCGCCUCCUCGGUUAGAGUGGGACACUCCGAGCGACCCACAGUACCACGUGGAGAUGCAGCUCAAGGCCCUCAAGCUGCUGGCCAAAGAGGAGGAGGACGAGGUCAUGCGGGCGCAGAGGGAGGCCGCCAUGCGGGUGCUCAACAUCAGCGACCCACUCGUGGGGCCAGACCUCACCGAUUUCGACGCACACACCACCGAGGGGCUGAGGAAGGGUGAGGAGAAAGGGAGAAUGGAAUGGAAUGGAAGGAAAAGGAGGUCCUGACACGGACUCGCGCCUUGUAUGUGUGUUGUGUUGUGCUUGGCUUGUCAGACAAGAAGCCCAAGUUGACCCCCAAUGUGUACCUGGCCGACAGCGAGGGAGCCAGCAGGUACCUCGCCGAGGCUGACGUGGCCAUCAGUGAGCGCAAAGAGGAAGACGAGCUCGUCCCUGCAACAGGUCGCCCAGCCACCCCACCAGGCCACGGACUAACCCACCCUGCACGAGACACCUGCACCUUUUCAUUUUCUUCCUUGGCCGGCCAUGAAUGGCUGCAGGCACGAGCGACGACCGUCUGCUGGAGGCGCCCGAUGACGAGUCAGCGGAUGACUCGGUGGAGGCGGUGGCGAGCGAAGCGGACGAUGAGCUGUUUGAGGAUGAGAGUGAGGGUGACAUUGAGGAGGAGGGAGACGACAGCAGCGAGGUCACCAUGGGCCGCCGGGAGGAGGAGGAUGCGGUGGGGCAGCCACGAAGGGGAGGCCACUACACCAUCCCGCCUCCAGACAUCCUCGUACUCGACCCUCCAAAGGACGGAUGCCACAAGGUGACGCGCGCACACACACGGACACGCACAGACGCGGGCAUUGCAUACAUACGUCAGGGCACGUGUGUGUGUGUUGUGAACACAGGUAUUUAGGCGAUGGCUCCGCUCUCUUGUGGUCAAGAAGGUGGUGUACGUGUCCAACAGCCCCCGUCGGGCCAUCCGUGACGCGCAGCACUUGAUCCUCAUGGGCUAUCAGAUCGAGCGUGUGCAGCCCAUCGACAUCUACCCCCACACGACGCACUUCCAAAUCGUCAUGCUACUCACCCUGCGAGACCCACCUGCACCGGUGCACCAGCCCGGCCAGGGGCCCAUCAGGCAGGCCGGAAGCAGCCAAGAGACAGCAGAAGAGAGGCUGACGGACGGGAGAGGGGAAGGAGCGGAGGGGAGGCUGGAGAUUGCCGCGUCGCUGGGGCUGCCGAUAGCCAAUCCGCUGACCACGCAGUCGAUUCCGGUCAAGAGGGGGGAGAAUGUGCGGCCGCCGACCACUGCUCGCAUGUACAAGGGCAUCAGGAGGAAGUACAGGCGGAAGGGCGGCCUCACUCUGGCCAGCGAUGAGGCACCCAGGACACGGCACAAGGUCUCUUAGACUGGCUGGGGGUAGCUGUGUGGAUGUGUGUGGUGUGUCGAUGGAUGCUCUGUGGAUUUCGG